AUCCUUGCACCUGGCGAUGAUUGGUUGGCGUAGAGGGGCGUCGUCCGCCAACGAGACUCGGAACCCGGACCUAUGUUCUCGCGAGAGUUAGCGGCCUUCGGUGUGGGAUGGCCGCGGAGCCGGGCGGAGCUGGCCUGCGGCUCCCGGGGCCGGCUCUCCGGCCGGAGACAUGGCCCGGGGGCCCGGCCCGCUAGGCAGGCCUCGCCCCGAUACGGUCGCCAUGCCCAAGAGAGGAAAGCGACUCAAGUUCCGGGCCCACGACGCCUGCUCCGGCCGAGUGACCGUGGCGGAUUACGCCAACUCGGAUCCGGCGGUCGUGAGGUCUGGACGAGUCAAGAAAGCCGUAGCCAACGCUGUUCAGCAGGAAGUAAAAUCUCUUUGUGGCUUGGAAGCCUCUCAGGUUCCUGCAGAGGAAGCUCUUUCUGGGGCUGGUGAGCCCUGUGACAUCAUCGACAGCAGUGAUGAGAUGGAGGCCCAGGAGGAAAGCAUCCAUGAGAGAACUGUCUCCAGAAAAAAGAAAAGUAAGAGACACAAAGAAGAACUGGAUGGUGCUGGAGAAGAGUAUCCCAUGGAUAUUUGGCUAUUGCUGGCCUCCUAUAUCCGUCCUGAGGACAUUGUGAAUUUUUCCCUGAUUUGUAAGAAUGCCUGGACUGUCACUUGCACUGCUGCCUUUUGGACCAGGUUGUACCGAAGGCACUACACGCUGGAUGCUUCCCUGCCUUUGCGUCUGCGACCAGAGUCAAUGGAGAAGCUGCGCUGUCUCCGGGCUUGUGUGAUCCGAUCUCUGUACCAUAUGUAUGAGCCAUUUGCUGCUCGAAUCUCCAAGAAUCCAGCCAUUCCAGAAAGCACCCCCAGCACAUUAAAGAAUUCCAAAUGCUUACUUUUCUGGUGCAGAAAGAUUGUUGGGAACAGACAGGAACCAAUGUGGGAAUUCAACUUCAAGUUCAAAAAACAGUCCCCUAGGUUAAAGAGCAAGUGUACAGGAGGAUUGCAGCCUCCUGUUCAGUACGAAGAUGUUCAUACCAAUCCAGACCAGGACUGCUGCCUACUGCAGGUCACCACCCUCAAUUUCAUCUUUAUUCCGAUUGUCAUGGGAAUGAUAUUUACUCUGUUUACUAUCAAUGUGAGCACGGACAUGCGGCAUCAUCGAGUGAGACUGGUGUUCCAAGAUUCCCCUGUCCAUGGUGGUCGGAAACUGCGCAGUGAACAGGGUGUGCAAGUCAUCUUGGACCCAGUGCACAGUGUUCGGCUCUUUGACUGGUGGCAUCCUCAGUACCCAUUCUCCCUGAGAGCAUAGUUAUUGCUUCCCAUCCCUUGGGGGCAGCCUCGAGUCUAGUCCAUUAGUAAUCAGAUUCCAGUUUGGACAGGGUGGCUGGAUUGUAUAUCUGGUUAGUAAUGUACAUGCUCUUCAGGUUCUAGGGCUCCUGUUAGGGGAGGGAGAAAUGUUGAAUCAAGAGGGAAAACAACUACUAUGAUUUAUAAACAUAUUUUAAUGUAAAAAUUUGCAUUUAAAAGGAGUGGCCCUGUUUUCUGUGUUAAAACCCCAUUUGGUGCUAUUGAGUUUGUUCUUUAUUCUUUUAUCCCAGUGAAAGUUGUUGAUCUUGCUGUAGGGAAAAAUUAAACUCUUUGAAUCUCCAAACAAAGAAGUUUCAGCAUUCCCUUAUGGAUCAGAGGAAACUUAGAGGCCUGAAAUUGUUGCUUCCAGUUUAGCUGCCCCUCAAAUUCAAGUGAAUAUUUUCCCUUCUCCCUUUACCCGUCUCCAGAAAUAAAGCAGGUGACAGGGUUUUCAGAAUCUUACCAGAUUGACUUGUGUAUCUUUUUAAAAAAAUAAUUUGUGAUAUUUAUUGCAUACAUUUUCUUUUGCCAGUUUUGGAUUUUAGGUAUUUUUUUGCAUGAGGCUGAUAGUGGUGAUGACGACUUUCUACCCUUGGUACUAUACUAGGAACUUUACAUAGUAUCUCUACUUCUCACAGUCUUGCAAAGUAGGUGAUAUUAUUCCCGUUUUAUGGUUGAGAAAACGGAAUUAGUGACUGUACCUAUAACACCAGUAAAUGCAGAGCCAAGAUUCUGACCCAGGUCUUUUUGUUGUACCAUAAUUUUAAAAGAUGAGUCUCAUUUUUCUUGUGGUAGAUGGUGGUAAAAGGGAGUAGGCAGAGUGUACAUAGAUUAAAAAAAGUAAAAGGGUAAGUAAAAAAUUGAUUGUGGUAUACCUUAUUCUAAUCAGCCGAAAAAGUAUAGAAGAUUGAUGAAAUGACCUUUUAAAUAUGUAUUUCUGAGUAAAAUGUAAAACCAAGAAAGUUAUUUCAGGAAGGAUAGUGACACUUUGAUUGAACUGUUGGAAAGGCAUUUAUUAGGCUAAAACGUCAUUAACAAAAUGCAUUGCAUGUUGAAACCAGCCUCUUGAACCAUAAGCACUUAGCGACUUUGCUCUGCCCUGUACUGUGCUGCUUCUGCUGUCAUCCUGUGUGCCUACAGAAGCCUGGUCUUCCGUCCAUACAGAAAUGCUUAUGUCCUCCUGUUGUUUAGAUGACUCCUGUUGUUCAGGUGUACUCUCAGAAGAGAAUCACAAACGUUUUUCUGUUUUGCUAAGAAGAAAACCUUGCUGCUUGUCUCUCCUCCCACCCUCCACCAUCCAGAAUUAACCAGUGAGCUGGAUAUUACCUGGAUAUUGCCAGGAGGUGGGCAUUAAGACAGUAUUCUUUAAAAAUGAAAAUCUUGUGGAGGAAAAUCUUGUGAGGCAAACUGCUAAAUUUGCGUUUUUUUUUUUUUUAACCAUCUUCCCUAGGAAUAUUCUUAGAAAGCAUCUGCUUAAUUUUGCUGCUAACAGCUAACCUUAUCCCACGUUGAGGGUGGUAUUAAAACUGUACACACAGAGUGAGCCUGGGUCAGUCAAAAACAGAAUUUGGGCAUUUAAGUGGUAACAGACAAAAAACCUAAGGACAAUGAGCACUUUGCAGAUCUCUACAAUGAAAAGUUGCCUCUUUGAGGCAGGAGGAGAGAAGCACAGUCCCUGCCUGGUUGCCUGAACUAAAGAUGCCAUGGAGCCAGGAGUGUCUUGGUGCAUUGUUCCCCGCUUAGGAGUACCUUUAAAAAGGGGGUGAAAUAAAUUUGGCUUAAUAAUUGUA